GCUUUGGCCGUCCCUCUGUCGGAACUGAGACUCCAGACGCGCAGCGCAGGAGGCAGACGGGGCGCACAGAGUCUGUCCCUCUGAUUUCCAUCACACAGGGGAACGGAUACCUUUCAUCCAGGAAGGGAGAAGGCGCGUUUUCACUAACAGGCAACCGCAUCACUCUGCAAGUUGUCAAGGAAAAGCCAUUUGUUUCCGCAAUCGAUGAUGAAGAAGUUGGACAGGGGCGGCUGAGCGAGAGUGAUGGUGGUGGUAAAGACAACCUGAAGGACCUGAGAGCCAUCAUUCGCACAGAGUGGCAGCAAGGUCAUCUGACUAAGCCAUGGUUUGUCCUUUUCCUGCAUUUGAAUCACUGACCAACGUGACAUGAUGGCCGAAAAACUAAAGGAUCUUUGAAGAGUGAACUUUCUAAACCAAUGGAUUGUCCUGGAGGGAAAAGCCAUCUUCGAUUAAACAGAAUCACCAUCAGUAAAAUCAGUUGGCCUUUUUUCAGUUCAAGGAUUUUGCCUCGGGAGGUAAAGCCAGUCGUGACUUUUCAAGGGACCAGACUACAAAAGAGUUUUCUUUUUGAAGAGGUUCAAUAAAGUAAUUUCUCGACAGCUCAGUUUUGAACAACCUCAAGAAACCAUAGCAACUGUUGGAACUGACAUUAAAUGAUUCCUGUAAAAGAUGAUUCCCUUUGGCAAAAUGACUGGGAGUAAAAAGAGAAGCACUGUAGACAAUGAAAACGGCAGAGUCAACGAUGAUUGGAAUCCGUCAGAAUUCAGAGGUGUGCUCUAAAGUCGAGUGGCGACCUUGUGCCCUCAUUGUUUUUCCAUCGAUCAGCGGAUCUGUCUAGAUUCUUUCGGGGUUCAAAAGACAUUUUCUGAAGUCUGUGUUGUAGGGCAUCGGGUUGAAAUUUGACUAACUAUCAGACUAUGUAUUAAGUGAAGUAAAUACAGUAAUAGGUUCACAAUGACUGACCAUGUUAUACAGAGCAGUCGGCUGCAGGGUGUAGGAAUCCAAUAUGCUCUAUGACCUGCCCUGUAUUCAGACCUCAACCUCAGAUUGAGUUCUGAUCCUAUGGAUUAGCUUUCCCAUUCUUGAAGACUUAUUUUAAAGUUUGCCUUGGUGGAGUUGCAGCUUUUUACUCAAAACCACAGCCUGAAACAUUUUCCAUGUCUGUAGAAUUCUUUUAAAUUACAUGUAGAUCCAGGCGGGAUUCAUCACUUUCUUUCUUUUUUUUUUUUUUUUUUUUUUUUGACUUGUUUUUAAUCAAAAUGACUCCUUCCCGGACAGCAGGAGCUUGGACACUGUUGGCAGCAGUGAGUUUUCUUUGCUGCUGUAGUUCUGGCUGGUGUGAAGCCUCAAGGACUAGUGGUUCAACUUCAGAGGGGAGUAAACAAGAAAAUGGAGCCUCAUCACUUGAAAGAGUAAAGAGAGGAUGGGUUUGGAACCAGUUCUUUGUGGUGGAGGAGUACACAGGCACGGAGCCCCUAUACGUCGGAAAGAUCCACACAGAUUCAGAUGAAGGUGAGGGAAACAUCAAGUACACUAUCUCUGGAGAAGGAGCAGGCUCCAUCUUUAUCAUCGAUGAGCUAACAGGAGACAUCCACGCCACGGCAAGACUAGACCGUGAGGAGAAGGCUUUUUACACACUGCGGGCUCAGGCUAGGGACAGACUGUCCAAUGACCCCCUGGAACCAGAGUCUGAGUUUGUGAUAAAGGUCCAGGACAUCAAUGACAGUGAGCCAAAGUUCUUGGAGGGUCCUUAUAUCAGCAGCGUGGCAGAACUGUCACCUAUAGGAACUUCGGUUAUGAAGGUUGCUGCUAUAGAUGCGGAUGACCCUACAUAUGGCAGCAGUGCCAGGGUGGUGUACAGCGUACUGGAUGGAGAGAAGUUUUUCACUGUAGACAGACACACAGGGAUCAUCAUGACAGCGGUGGCAGAUUUGGACCGUGAGACACAGGAUCGUUACGAGCUGGUUGUCAAGGCAACAGACAUGGCAGGACAAAUGGGCGGUCUCUCCGGCUCCACCACGGUGACCAUAGUGAUCACAGACGUUAAUGACAACCCACCACGCUUUCCACAGAAAAUGUAUCAGUUUUCAGUGUCAGAGGGGGCGGCUGUCGGGACGCCAGUUGGACACGUCAUGGCCACAGAUGCAGACAUGGGAGAGAACACAGACAUGACCUAUCUGAUCAAAGAGGGAGGAGACCUCUUCAAAGUCACUACAGAUGUCGAGACACAGGAAGCUGUUGUCUCCAUCAAGAAGCCCCUGGACUUCGAGAGCAAGCGCACACACAACGUUGUGGUGGAGGCUGUGAAUAAACACGUUGACCCACGUUUCGUGGACUUGGGCUCCUUUCGAGAUCAGACCAUUGUCCGGGUUAGUGUGACGGACAUCGAUGAGCCACCCAUCUUUCAGCCAGCAGAGGGCAAGGUAAUGGAGGUACAGGAGGACGCAAAAGUUGGAGCGCUGGUUGGCGUCGUCACUGCCAGGGAUCCAGAUGUAAAGAACAAACCAGUCAGGUUCUCAAUUGAUCGCUCCACAGACCAGGAAAUGAUCUUCUAUAUUGAUCCAGAUACAGGUGCCAUCACACUGGGCAAGAUUUUGGACAGAGAGAUUGCAGGCUGGCACAACAUCACAGUGAAGGCAGUAGAAGCAGAAAACCAUGUCAUGGCCUCCCAUUCAACAGUGAGUAUCCGUAUUUUGGAUGUAAAUGACAAUCCUCCUGAGUUGGCCACACCGUACGAAGCCAAAAUUUGUGAAGAUGCCAAGCCAGGUCAGCUAAUUCACACUAUUAGCGUGGUGGAUAGAGAUGAGCCGCAGUCUGGGCAUCGCUUCUACUUCACCCUGGUCUCUGAGGCAUCCACCAAUCGAGACUUCACUCUAUGGGAUGUCAAAGACAACACAGCUGGCAUCCGAACCCAGCGGUCAGGCUUCAACCGCCAUGAGCAGAAUGUGUACUUCCUGCCUAUCCUGGUGGUUGACAGUGGACCUCCCUCCCUCAGCUCCACAGGCACCCUGACCAUUCAUGUCUGCGGCUGUGACACAGCGGGAACCAUCCAGUCGUGCAAUGCCACAGCCUAUGUAAUGAGUGCUGCUCUCAGCCCUGGGGCACUUAUAGCACUACUGGUGUGCAUGCUCAUCCUCAUAGUCCUCGUUUUGCUGAUCCUGACCCUAAAACGCCACAGGAAGGGCCAGAGGAUGGCAGAGGAUGAGGAAGACAUGAGAGAUAAUGUCAUCAAGUACAAUGAUGAAGGCGGAGGGGAGCAGGACACUCAGGCGUACGACAUGAGUGCUCUGAGGAACCUCUAUGACUUUCCUGAGGCCAAGAGCUGUGACUCUGGGCCGGACAUCCGCUCGCUGCCACAGUGGAUACAGGCGAGCAGGGUGAGCGGUGGCGGCGGCAGUGGCGGCAGCGGCACAGAGGGAGCGGCGGCGGCGGCAGCAUCAGACUUCUCCUUAUUCAAAGGCUACAUCCGGAAGAAGGUGGAGCAGGCCGAUGCUGACCUAUCUGUGCCACCAUAUGACUCCUUCCAGACGUACGCCUUUGAGGGCACCAGUUCACCAGCUCUGUCGCUCAGCUCCAUCCACACGCUGUCCACCACCUCCGAGCAGGAUUUCUCGUACCUCAGCGACUGGGGACCGCGAUUCAGGCAGUUGGCAGGCUACUACGCUCCAGGGAACCCUGAAGAAGAAGGGUCCUAGCACAGCUCCUCUACAGACAGACGCUUAAACUCCCCUCUGUCCUCUUCUUCCUUCUUCUUCUCUGCCUCUUCUUCUCACCCUCUGGCAUUCCUCUGAAUUCAUCAGAGCCAGCACUGUGCUUGCAACAAAGACAGAGCACCGCAUCUUUAUCUCUUUGAAAAGAAACUACCGGUGUUGAAAUUUUAACUUUGGAAGAUUUUUACACACUUCUGUUUGGUUUUUGUGAGAGUUUUCAGACUUACACACUGCUGGAGGCUCUUUUGAUGGUAUGAGAGAGUGGAACGCAAAAGAGAUAUCCAACCAACACAUUGUUUAAAACAGAUGUUUAACCUUAUCUCACAUCAUAAGCAGAAACCUUUAUUUAAGCUAUGAGACUGUAGUACCAACACCGUCAGAUUACACCACCCAACAGGGUGAUAUGACGAGUCAAACCAUGCCAAGGCAAACUGUCUGAAAAACAUGUAUUUAUUUAAGGGGGAAAUAUUUAUGUAUUUAUUUGUUUUUAUGUAUUUAUUUAUUUAUUUACACCAUCGUCAUCACAGUAACUGCAUUAGUGAACUCUGAACUCUUCAGUGCUAAAGAUAAAGUGAGAGGAAGAGGACAUUACAGAACCUGUGAGACAAAAAGAAGAAGAAAGACGAUGAAGGACUACAGUGGCAUUACUUUACACAAUACUGACACAGAGGUGACAUCUGAGUCACAUAAAUAUGACAUCCUUGGAAAUAUUUGUAUUUAUUUUCUAUGACCACUUUUGUAAAAUAACUAAUUUAAGAUAAGCAGAAGAAAAGCAGAAACACUACUACAAGGGUACUGGGUAGAGCGUACCUCCGCCAAGACCCCACAGUUCAGUAAUCCAUUGUCAAUCAAAGGGAAACACAAAUAUCCAGGAUCUGUUUCUUUUUCUAGAUAUGCUCCAAGAUGUGACGUUGCCCCACCUAUGAAGGACAUUACAUGAAAAUCGGUGCAGAAAUUUGAUCGACAAACAAA